AAUCGUCGAUUGGCUUGUUUUAAUCUGCGGUUUUAUCAACGCAAUAAAACAAAAUCGUUGGAUGUAAUAGCAGUUCACGUUAACAAGAGUGGGGCAUUGUUUUCUCCACUCCCUCAGGAUAUUGUAUGUCCAGACUGUGCUGGUGUCUCCCAUCUGCCAGUGAAGAGGAGAAGGAGGGAGGGGAAGAGGAGAAGGAGGAGGAACAACUGAAUGACGGCUUCACUCCUCUCCAUCUCACAUGUGAGCUUGGGACGGCAGCAGCUGAAGGCACUCGGGCUGGUUUAUUACAGCGAUCAGGCAAGUCAGGUCAGUCCCCAUGAUGGCGGAGCCCAGCACACAGUCCCGUGUCUACUUUCAGUCCCCGGGCAAGGAAGAGGAGGCUCAGUCACAGCGGAAACUGGGCAAGUUCACGGUCCGGUACGACAGGAAGGACCUGCAGCGGAGACUGGACAUCGAGGAGUGGCUGGACUUCCAGCUCCAUCAGUUGUAUGGCUGUGAGGAGGAAGAAAUCCCGGAUCUGGAGAUCGACAUCGAUGAACUGUUAGAAAUCUCAGAUGAAGACCAGCGUUCAAAACUCCAGGAGAUGCUGCAUGAAUGUUGUAAACCCACAGAUGAUUUUAUUAACGAACUGCUACUUAGAAUAAAAGGUCUUCGGAAAAUGUCAGUCUCUCAGAAGAAGUGACGCGGGCUUCUGCUAUCAAUGGAACAGAGUCACCAAGACGAAACGGAGUGUGUGGUCAGACCAGCCUUGCCCUGACCUAUUUAUGAAAUAACACCCUUGUUUUGGUCAAAAAAAGGGAUCAACUGUGGGACUGAAAUAUGUGAAGCAUGUCAGACUGUGGAUCAAGUUCACGGAUUUAUAACCAGAAAAUAGAGAAUGAGCAGGAUAUGUUUGUGGCUAUUUAUGGGUCAUUUUUGUUAAAAAUGUUAAUAAAAGAUGAUGUGUACGUGUAA